AUGACGUUCUGUUCCCUUCAGGGACCCCAUGCGGAGCCCUCGCACCCGUGGGCGACAUGGCCGCUGGAGGACGGACAGGUGCUCCGCACUGGGGGCGGGGUGGUGGGCAGGGAAGUGGGGGAGAGGAGACCCCUGUGGCCGCCGCGGCGACCAGACCAGAGCUGCCCCCUCCUCAAGGACAGCCCCCCGGGAGCCGCCGCCCGCCCCUCGCUGCCGACCCUGGCCCUCCACUUUGCUCUGCGGACAGCGUGUGGAAGGCGAGGGUUCCAGGCAUUGUUCACGGCGGCCCCGCGGCGGAGGGAGGAGGGGCUGCAGGUGCUCGCACACCUGCAGGUGCGGCGGCUGACGAGGCGGCCACAGAAAGCAGGAAACCCACCACCUGCGGCCAGGUGGGUGACCCUGAGGGCGCCGCGCUCCGGGGCUGGAGCCUCCGCCGAGGCGCCUCCCGUGGGUGUUCUCGCGAGGAAGUCCGAGCCUUGGGCACCCCACCCCCAGGAGUCGGAGCCCGCCUUCCGCCGGCCCCCGCCCCCCGCUGUGUGUGCGGCCCGAUUCCGGCGGCUCCGCUCCCAAGGGCUUGUGGAGCGGGAUGCGGGGGCUGUGGCCUGGAGAGACGGCCGGUGGACCCUCCAGGCAGACCCUUCCAAACGUCUGCUCGCGGACGAGCUGCACGGGGUAAAAAGAAACCCCGGCGGAGAGCGAACGGGAACCAGAAACACGAGACGGGAACAAAGUCUCGGUGCCAGCGAGAGGGAGAAGCCACAGAGAGAAGCCACCGGGGAUCCUGGACCCAGGACCGACAGGAGGGAGCUGGAGGAGGCGCUGCGGGGGGGAGGGGGGGCGGAACCACGAUUGCGCAGGCGGGGGCUGGAAGUCCCCGCCGAGGAGGAGCCCGAGGAGGAGCCCGAGGGUGGAGAGGGGAGCGAGGGAGGCGGCCUGCGGGGCGCUGGGAGGCAGAGCAGCAGCCGCAGGCCAUCGGGGAGCCCCCCCCCCCCCGAGGGAGAGGAGCGACCCGCCCGUCAGCAGAGCACGCCCGGGGCACUGCGGCUGUGGGCCGAGUCUCAGAGACGGGGUCGCCCGGCAGAGGGCACCGAGCGUGGGAGCCGGAAGGCUGUCGUGGGGACGAGCGUGGUCCCAACCUCGGGGAGCUCUGCAGCGGUGGCGGAGCGACGCAGCCGGCAGCCCCCCUCGGUGACGGCCGCCGCUGCCGUGACGGGGGCCUCGUCUGAGGUCCCCGACUUCUGUGGGCUCGCACCAGCACCGACCCGCGUGGGCCCAGGGACGGCGCGGGCCCUCGGUGUGACCCGUCCCCCCCGCCCCCCGCAGAACCCGCGUCCCCGGACCCGGCCGGCGGUGGGGACGCAGCUGCGUCCAGGCUGUGGGCUCCCAGGGCCCAUUCUGCGGAGGCCGGGGUGCGGGGCCUUCCGGGAGAGAGGGGACCGAGGCGCCCCAGACGGACAGGCCCACGCAGGGCGUGAGGACAGCACCGUGAGCACGGGCGUCCAAGAUGCUGCGGUCCCAGAGACGAGGCCGGCGCGGGCGGCGCGAUUGCCCUUCGCCGCCUCGAGGGGGCCCUGCGGCGGCCGCGAGCCAGGAGGACGGCCCGCCCGCGCGCUGCUCGGCGCCCAGCCUGCUGCGCCAUCGCCCCGCGGGACCGCGCCGCCGCUCGCCCAGCCAGAAGACUCGGCAGGCAGCCUGCACAGCUUCAAGAGCAAGGUCUUCAAAAGAGCCCGGGUCUGCGGGGUCUGCAAGCAGACCAUCGACGGCCGCGGGGUCUCGUGCCGAGCCUGCAAGUACUCCUGCCACAGGCGAUGUGAAGCCAAGGCGCCGGGGGGUGCCUCGCCGUCCGCUGCUCCCUGCUGUGACAGGCCGUCCAGGCCGGCGGCGCCGAGCCCCGCCAUGGAGGAGGACGGCCCUGCGCUGGACCUCACCUACGUCACUGAGCGCAUCAUCGCCGUGUCCUUCCCCGCGGGCGGCUCCGAGGAGGCCUACCUGCACGGCCUGCAGGAGGUGACGCGCAUGCUGCGGUCCAAGCACGGCGACAACUACCUGGUGCUGAACCUGUCGGAGAAGAGGUACGACCUCACGAAGCUGAACCCCAAGAUCCUGGACGUGGGCUGGCCCGAGCUGCACGCGCCGCCGCUGGACAAGGUGUGCACCAUCUGCAAGGCCCAGGAGUCCUGGCUGAACAGCGACCCGCAGCACGUGGUGGUCAUCCACUGCAGGGGCGGGAAGGGGCGCAUCGGGGUCGUCCUCUCCUCCUACAUGCACUUCACCAACGUCUCCGCCAGCGCCGACCAGGCCCUGGACAGGUUCGCGAUGAAGAAGUACUACGACGACAAAGUCUCCGCCCUCAUGCAGCCGUCCCAGAAACGGUACGUGCAGUUCCUGAGCGGGCUGCUGGCGGGCACCGUGAAGAUGAACGCCUCGCCGCUGUUCCUGCACUUCGUCGUUCUGCACGGCACCCCCAACUUUGACGCCGGAGCGUGCCGGCCCUUCCUGAAGCUGUACCAGGCCAUGCAGCCCGUGCACACGUCCGGGAUCUACAACAUCGGCCCAGAAAGCCCAAGCCGCGUCUGCAUCGCCAUCGAGCCGGCCCAGCUGCUGAAGGGGGACAUCAUGGUGAAGUGCUACCACAAGAAGUACCGCGCGGCCACCCGCGACGCUGUGUUCCGGCUGCAGCUCCACACGGGGGCCGUGCAGGGCCCCCGCCUGGUGUUCGGGAAGGAGGACCUGGACGGCGCCUGCAGCGAUAGCCGCUUCCCCGCCGACGGGAAGGUGGAGCUGGUGUUCUCGGCCACCCCCGAGCGGAUGCCAGGCUGCGAGCACCUGCGCAACGACCGAGGCGUGAGCGUGGACUUCAACACGGCCGACCCGCUGAUCCGCUGGGACUCCUACGAGAACCUGAGCGCCGACGGCGAAGUGCCGCACACGCAGGGCCCCGUCGACGGCAGCCUCUACGCCAAGGUGAGGAAGAAGAGCGUCUCGGACCCCGGCGGGGCCCCGGCCGCCCCCGCCGCCAGCAGCCCCGACCACACCCUGUCGGUCAGCAGCGACUCCGGCCACUCCACCGCGUCCGUGCGGACGGACAGGACGGAGGAGGCCCUGGCCCCGGGGCCCAGCAGGGGCCUGAGCGCCCAGGAGAAGGCCGAGCUGGAUCAGCUGCUCAGCGGCUUCGGCCUGGACGACCCGCGGGACGUGGCCGAGGCCCCCGGCCAGCUGGGCGGGACGCGCCACGUGGUGCCGGCGCAGGUGCACGCGAACGGGGACGCCGCGCCCGGGGACCGCGAGACGGACAUCCUGGACGACGAGGAGCCCGGCCACGCCCCGCGCAGCGCGGGCAGCAGCGUCGGGACCCUGUCCUCCGGGGGGCCCCCGGCGGCCCCCGCGGGCCCCUUCGCCGGCCGCCCGAGCAGCCACAACUCGCUGCUGUCCGAGGGCUUCGGCAGCAGCGCCGGGGAGGACCCGCCCGGCGAGCUGGCCCCGGACCUGGGCCUCGGCGCGGGGCCCCCGUACGAGCCCGGGCGGCCGCCGCCCGCGCUCGGGGCGCCCUGCGUGGCCGCGCAGACGCGGGCCUACGAGCAGAGCAGCUACUCCACGCAGACCUGGGUGCGCCAGCAGCAGAUGGUGGCCGCCCACCAGUACGGCUUCGCCCUGGACGGGGAGGCCAGGCUCGUCGGCCGCGGCCCCGGGGACGGCCCCCGCCUGGCGCAGGCCCUGCCCAGGCUCCCGGUGGCCCCCGCCCAGGGGGCCGGCAGCAGGGGGCCCCCGCAGAGGGGCACAGGCCCCGGGGCGCUCUCGCCGGACACCCAGCGGCCCCCUCCCAGCCACGCGCUGAGGACCGGGUUUCCGGACGUCGGCCUCGUGAACGGCACGGGCCCGGGGCCCGGCCCGGACCCCUCCCCAGGCUCGCCCACCCUGGACAUCGACCAGUCCAUCGAGCAGCUCAACAGGCUGAUCUUGGAGCUGGACCCCACCUUCGAGCCCCUCCCCACCCACUUGAGCUCGCCGGGCGGCCAGGCCAAUGGCCCCACGUCCCCGGACGGCGUGGGAGGCGGGCUCCGGGCGAGCGGUCGCCUGCAGGACCGAGGGGAGGACCCCGGCCGGAGCCCCACGCAGCAAGGCCCCUCGGGGGAGGAGCCGCUGCGCAGAAGGUUCCGGAAGCCGAGCCUCGGGCAGUACGACAACGAUGCCGCAGGGCAGCCCGCCUUCUCCCGGGGCGGGUGGGGGAAGCCCACGGGUGCGGAGCCGGCUCCGAGCCUGGUGCCCUUCCUGUCUCCAUCUGACGCCAGAGAGGUGGCGAUGGCCGGGUACCCCCCCGACCUGGACCGGGUGGACAGCGGGGUCUUCUCCCUGAGCAAGAGCAGCAGCAGCGAGUCCGCACCGCCCACGCCGGCGUUCCCGGUGUCCCCGCAGACCCCGUACGUGACCACGCCCCCGCACCACCCGGCCUUCAGCCUGCCCGGGCCGCACACCGGCAGCACCGGCGGUCUGUGCCGAGCGGCUCACGAUCCCCAAGGCUGCCCCGAGGUCCUCGGUCACCCCGUGGGGAUGUCAGAGAGCCCCGUGGGGCCAGACGCCCCGGCAUCGCCCUUCCCUCGGAUGUUCCUGUCCCCCUGCGGCAGCGCCAGCAGCAGCCCCGGCUCCAAGAGGGACAGCCCGUCCGCCGAGCCGCAGUGGGCAGACACCGGCCCCAGGCCCACGCUGGCCCUGCUGGGCGGCCACCGGUCCCCGGGGAGCCUGCUCAGCCCCGGCGAGUUCCAGGACGGCCCCAGCCCCGGGCGGCCGCACCGCCCACCCGCCGAGCCCCAGGCCGCUCUCCACAGCCACCCGCUGGUGCUGGCGGAGCCCCCGGAGGUUCUGCACCCCCCGAGCAGCCAGGCCUUCCUGGGCUUCGGCACGGCCCUCGGGGGGGCCUCCGUGGGGACUGGCCUGCCCCCAGGGGAGGCCCCGGGGGCCCUGCCGGCCGGCUCCCAGGGCGUGCCCCAGCCCCUCAGCCCCCUGCGGGCAGCCACCGACAACGGCUUCCUGCCGCACGGCUUUCACCUGGCGUCGCCGCCCGGGCGCAGCGGCCACCACAGCCCCGUCCUGCCGGGCCCCGGGCCGCCCCUCCCCGAGAAGAAGCGGGCGUCCGAGGGGGACCGCUCCUGCGGCUUCCGCCUCGCCCUCCUCCAGCGGCUUCUCCAUCCCCCCCGCAGCGGGAGCACCGUCAGCAUCCCCUUCCCCAGCGUGCUCCCUGACUUCUCCGGUCGCCCGAGGCGGCGGCGCCCUCUCUUCUGGGUGACCCCGGUGACAAGCACGUGUCGGUGAGCUUCGUGCAGGACACCUCCAAGUUCUGGUACAAGGCGGACAUCUCCCGAGAGCAAG